ACGGCAGGUUAGGCUAACUAUAGUCUAAAUUUAGUCUAAUUCGUUAGAUUGUUAGCCUAAAUUUUUUUCUAACGUUAGGCUAAAUUUAGUCUAAAAUUAGACAGAUCUGACACAGUUUUGUUAGAUAUGCUGCAAGUUCGAAACGAUCAGUUAGACUAAAUUUAGACUAACGUUAGCCUAACGUUAGACAAAAUUAUGUAUGGGCUGUUAGAUGGAUUUUAUGCUGCUUGUGCAUAUCCCAGCUGUCAUCCCAGCAUGAAGUGUGAUUGUAGUAGUGAACUUUUUCGAUGUUCACUACCACUACAAUCUCACUUCUGCUCAGCAUGGAAUGAUAGCUAUACUCCACUGCACUGUGACGUCACGCCUUCAUUUUGACAGGUAGUGGUCCUGUUGUUUACGUUUUGUACUUAGACGAUUUCUAGAAUUCUCGGAGCGAUAUUCCUAUAAAUAAUUAAAAUGCCGUGGAAGUGCUGUGUGUGGAAGUGCAAAUCCACUGUUAAAUCUCCCGGUAUUCGAUUCUUCCGUUUUCCCACAGUCGGAAAAUGUUUGAAAAAGUUAGCUGAAGAAAGAUGCGAAGCCUGGGUAAGUGCUCUCGGUUACGGAGACAAGUUUUCUCCUAAUGGCAAACGAAUUUGCAGCCAGCAUUUCCGAAGCGGAAAACCAGCGCGACUCACGGAUACGCAUGAUGCAGAUUGGGUGCCAUCACUAUGUUUGCUGAGGCCGUCUAGAUUCUCGCCACGAUCAUCACCGGUGAAUCAGAAAACUAUCGAUGUUCCGGAAACAUGCAGUAUCACUCGAAGCGAUUCCACAGACUCAUUGAAAUCGAGCUCGUCCUCAUCGUCACAGAGUGGCAAAUCCUCCCGAAUAUUAUCCCGUGCGUCACCAUCUUCGUCAACAUCAAUCGCAUCAACAGUCUCUUCCCGGGGAACGAAAAGGAGCGCCAGUUCAAGUCCUGUAAGGAACGCUAAUCGGGGUCCAGGAAGAAGCUCUGAACUUGUGCUUCUUCAUAAUAAUACCACGUCCCGUUCCCCAUCAAUCGCUUCGAUAGCGUCCCGUAGAAGUGGAAGUGACGCCAGUUUGUCCCCUGCUAGUGAAACCAAAUCAUCUCGUUCACCAUCAUCCAGUUCAACAGUGUCCUCCCGUAAGAGCGGAAGGAAUGUCAGUAUUACUCCUGUACCGAAAGCAUAUUAUUCUUAUUCGAGUAGCUGUUCACCAGAGCGAUCAAACAGAGAUUCCAGGAAAAAUUCCGAGAUUGAAGAUUCACGGAGCGAAAAUUCAUCGAAGUUGCCUUUGUCCCAAGAAUCGACUGCGCCAACAAACAUCAUUGAGUCCUCCCGUGAGUGCAACCGGAAAGAGGAUACAUGCUCAAGAUCACCAGAGCGUGGUGAGCCACAGAAUGAUGUUAAAGUAAAAUCAUUUUCGCGUCCAAAUGUAACUCCCUUAAUGUUGUACGAUUAUAAGGAUGACAAGCCCAAGAUGAAGAAUGUUUCUACAAUGACGGAAGCCUCUUGCGACCCAAGCACAUCGAAUAAGAUGAUAGAUCAGUAUAGGCGCGAACUACAACGGCUUCAGACAAAGAUCAAUAUCAUUGAGAACAAGGCUUAUUUUUGUGAACGUGGGUUUGAAUUCAUCUCAGUAACCAAUGAGAAAUGCCUGUAUUAUACUGGCAUUUCAAAUGUUUCUACUGUAAAGAAACUGUAUGAAUAUCUCAAACCACAUUUAGAUUCACCGUUCUGUAACUUCUCCAUAGAACAAAUGUUUGUUAUGACACUGACAAAACUACGGUUAAACCCUCAGUUCCAAACUCUUGCAUAUGACUAUAACGUGUGCUUGAAUACUAUUUCAAAAUAUUUUCACCGUACGCUGCAAAUAAUGGACACAUGUCUCAGUUACGCCAUAGAGGUGCCAUCUAAAGACAUUCUUUUAAAACACACUCCGAAAAGGGUCAAGGAGAAGUUUGGAGAUAAGAGAAUUUUUGUCAUUGACUGCUUUGAGAUCCGUUCGGAGACACCCGAAGAUCUGAAAGCAGCAGCCUCACACUACAGCAAUUAUAAAAAAUCUGAAACCACAAAAUUUCUCAUCGCUGUUUGUCCGGAUGGGAAUAUUUGUUUUAUUUCUCCCGGAUAUGGAGGCAGAUGCUCUGACAAAAUGAUUGUGAAAGAUUGUGGGUUUCUAGAUAUUUUGGAAGCAGGAGACGUAGUGUUAGCUGAUAAAGGAUUUGAUAUCAAAGACUUGGUUCAAGGCAAAGGAGCUUCACUCAAUAUUCCAACUUUUUUAAGAGAUAAAACGCAGUUUCAUCCAUCAGACAUCGAAAGGGACAGACAAAUAACGAGCGUGCGCAUCCACGUGGAAAGGUGCAUUGGUGUUUUGAAGGCCAAUUAUUUAGUUAUGUCUCAAGUAGUGAGUGUAACAUCACUCUCUCGAUUCGAAAACGGCCGUAACGUAAUAGAUUUAAUUGCCAGGGUUUGUGCUAUGUUAUAUAAUUUUAAUCCUAGUAUUAUUCCUGAUUAAAAUGCUUGUAUAGUUGUAAGUUUGUUAUAAGAGGACCUUUCAAUAAAAUGAAUUAUUUAUUGAAA